AUGUCUACCCCAUUUGGUGUCGAUUUAGGUAACAACAACUCCGUUGUUGCGGUUGCAAGAAACAGAGGUAUUGAUGUCGUUGUCAACGAAGUUUCCAACAGAGCUACACCAACCAUCAUUGGGUUUGGUAUGAAGAACAGAUCCAUUGGUGAAUCUGGUAAGACCCAAGAGACUUCGAACAUUAAGAACACCGUUACCGGUAUCAAGAGAAUCCUAGGUUUGAAGCCAUCAUCACCAGACCUGCCAGUUGAGAACAACUACUCUCACGUCCAGCUGGUUGAAAAGGAUGGUGAAGUUGCUGCAAAGGUUAGAUACCAAGGUGAGCAACAAGAAUUCACCUCCUUACAGUUGGCUGCAAUGUACUUGAACAAGUUGAAGCAAAUCACCGAGAAGGAAACCAAGUCCAACAUCAAGGACAUUUGUUUGGCUGUUCCAGUCUGGUACACCGAGACCCAAAGAAGAGCCGCUGCUGAUGCUUGUAAGAUUGUUGGAUUGAAUCCAGUCAGAAUUGUCAAUGAGGUCACUGCUGCAGCUGUUGGUUAUGGUGUCUUCAAGACCGAUUUACCAGAAGAAGAACCAAAGAAGGUUGCCUUUAUUGAUAUUGGCCAUUCUUCUUACACUUGUACCAUUGCUGCAAUUAAAAAGGGUGAAAUGAAGGUUCUAGGUGUUGGUUAUGAUAAGCAUUUUGGUGGUAGAAACUUUGACAAGGCCAUCACUGAACAUUUUGCAGAUGAAUUCAAGGAAAAAUAUAAGAUUGAUAUUAGAACCAAUCCAAAGGCUUACUCUAGAGUCUUAGCAGCAGCAGAAAAGCUGAAGAAGGUCUUAUCUGCAAACACUGCAGCUCCAAUUAAUAUUGAAUCUGUCAUGAAUGAUGUUGAUGUCUCAUCCCAAUUGACAAGAGAAGAUUUGGAAGAAUUAGUUAAACCACUAUUAGAAAGAGCAGCAAAUCCUGCAAGAGACGCACUCUCAAUGGCUGGUUUAACUACUGAACAAAUCGAUUCAGUUGAAUUAAUUGGUGGUACUACUAGAAUCCCAUGUUUAAAGCAAACAAUCACUGAAGUCUUUGGUAUGCCAUUUUCUACCACUUUGAAUCAAGAUGAAUCUAUUGCAAAGGGUGCAGCUUUCAUCUGUGCAAUGCAUUCUCCAACUUUGAGAGUCAAGCCAUUCAAGUUUGAAGAUAUCAAUUUGUAUUCUGUCACUUACUCUUGGGAACAAGGUGCAGAAGAUACCGAUCAUUUGGAAGUUUUCGCCAAGGGUGCAUCUUAUCCAUCUACAAAGAUCAUCACUCUCUACAGAACCAAGGAUUUUGAAAUCACUGCAAAGUAUACAAACCUUGAGGAAUUGCCACAAGGUACUAAUGAAACCAUUGCUAAAUGGACUAUUUCUGGUGUUGAAGUUGCUGAAGGUGAAGAUUCUGCAACUGUUAAGGUCAAGGUUAGACAAGAUCCAUCUGGUUUCUACACCAUCGAAGAAGCUUAUAUUGUUGCAGAAAAGGAAUUCAAGGAAUUAGUUGAGCAACCAGAAUCUACUGAAGAGCCAAAGGAAGGUGAAGAAGCAGAAGUUAAGGAACCAGAAUACAAGAUUGUCAAGAAAUUAGUCAAGACUAAGGAUUUGAAUGUCGAAUAUUUCGGCCAAUGUCUUCCAUCCAACAUCUUGGAUGAAUUAAUGGAGAAGGAAGGUAAGAUGGUUGCAUGUGAUAAACUAGUUGCUGAAACUGAGGAAAAGAAGAAUGCACUUGAAGAAUAUAUCUACACUUUAAGAGGUAAGCUCGAGGAUGAAUACAAGGACUUUGCAUCCGAUGAGGAGAAGGAAAAACUCUCAAACAUGCUCAUGAAGACCGAAGAGUGGUUAUAUGAUGAAGGUUACGAUUCCACCAAGGGUAAGUAUGUUGCGAAAUACGAAGAAUUGGCUGCUAUUGGUAACUUAAUCAAGGGUAGAUACAACGCCAAGCAAGCUGAAUUGAAGCAAAAGGCAAAUGCAAAGAACGAAGCUUCUGCAGCUGCAGAUAUCUUUGCAAAGAUUGCAGCUAAUAGAAAGAAGGAUGCUGAUGGUGAUGCACAAAUGGACUAG